AAGUCAAGGCUAAUAUUAUUUAGUGUAUUUAUAAGAUAGUAGUCGAAUCCGUUUUCAGUUGUCAUCAUGAGUUGGUGUAGUGCGGUGGUCUUCAGUGCUGUGUUAGCGGUGUCAUGGGGUGCCGAGGACCUGAGCUUCCCUCCAGGGUUCAAGUUCGGAGCUGCCACCGCUGCCUACCAAGUUGAAGGAGCAUGGAACGCUAGUGAUAAGGGCGAAAGCAUUUGGGACCGCUUCGUCCACGAGGAUCCAGGAAGAAUCUUUAACCAGAACAAUGGGGACAUCGCCUGCGACUCUUAUAACCAAGUGGAGAAAGACAUCGAGAUAGCUGCUGAGUUGGGACUGCAUUACUAUCGAUUUUCUUUGGCCUGGAGUCGUAUUCUGCCCACUGGUUUCCCGAACCAAAUCAGUAAGGAGGGAGCAGACUACUACAAUCGCUUGAUCGACGGUCUUCUGGCGAAGGGCAUCGAACCCUUCAUCACUCUCUACCACUGGGACUUGCCGCAGCCACUGCAGGAUCUUGGUGGUUGGGCUAACCCCCUCAUUGCCGACUGGUUCGAAGACUACGCGAGGGUUGUCUACACGUUGUACGGCGACCGCGUGAAGCUCUGGGUCACUCUCAACGAACCUGUCGUGACCUGUGACCUCUGCUAUAUCAUGGGAAUAUUUGCUCCUGGCAUUGUGAGCCCCGAUGUGGGAACAUAUCUUUGUAAUAAGCACGCUAUGUUGGCUCACGCUAAGGCCUGGAGGGUCUAUGAUGAAGAGUUCAAACCGAAAUAUCAUGGCAGAGUGUCAAUCGCGAACCAUCUUCUCUGGUUUGAACCUCUUACGGAAGCUGAUACGGAAUUAGCUGAUCUAGCUCGGCAGCACUUGGCAGGCAGAUACUGUCAUCCAAUUUACUCCAAAGAGGGAGGCUGGCCAGCAAGCAUUGAGAAGCUGUUAGAGAAAAACAGUCGGGACAGAGGAUAUAAUAGAUCUAUAUUACCAACUUUUACCCAAGAAGAGAAGGAAUUAGUUAGAGGUACCUACGACUUCUUCGCUUUUAACCAUUACACGAGUCGGAAAAUCCGUUGGGCGAAGGAGGGUGAAACUUUCUCCCAAUGGCCGCUAGGUGACGCUGAAGAACUCAAUGGUAAAAUAGAGAUACCUGAACAUUGGACCCCGGCCGCUGCCUCGUGGUUCUUCGUAAAUCCUGACGGCAUUCGUCAGCAGUUACUUUGGCUCAAGGAACAGUACGGUGACUUCGAGUUUAUGAUCACCGAGAAUGGAAUGGCCACCUUUGGAGGACUUGAGGAUCACGAUAGGAUCAACUUUUACAGAGAGUACUUGAAACAGAUCUUAAUAGCUAUUAAAGAAGAUGGAUUGAACAUCACCCACUACACAGCCUGGACUCUUUUGGACAACUUCGAAUGGUCGGAUGGCUACAAUGUGAAAUUCGGAUUCUACGAAGUGGACUUUGAGGACCCGCUGCGCACGCGCAGGCCGCGUCUCUCCGCGCACUGGUACAAGAAAGUCAUCCAAGAACACUCCCUUGAUGUAACAAAUGAUGAACUAUAAAUAAAAUUAAUUUAUUUUUGUGUAGAAAGUAAUAAAGAAUAAUUAUACGUAUAAAAAAUUG